AUGAUGCGAGCCCAACUCCAUUGCUUGUGUCUCCUUACACUUUAUUUGACGGCUGGAUAUGGCCAGGAGAGGAAGUUUAGUGGACCCCUGAAACCCAUGACAUUUUCUAUUUUUGAAGGCCAAGAACCAAGUCAAGUCAUAUUCCAGUUUAAGGCCAGUCCUCCUGCUGUGACUUUCAAACUAACUGGAGAGACAGAUGGCAUAUUUCAGAUACAACCAGAUGGACUUUUGUAUCAUAACAAAGCCCUGGAUAGAGAAAUAAGAGCUGUUCACAAACUCCAGGUCUCCACCCUGGAUGCUUAUGGAGCCACAGUGGAGGGCCCAGUUCCCAUCACCAUAGAAGUGAAGGACAUCAAUGACAAUCGACCCACAUUUCUCCAGCCAAACUAUGAAGGCUCAGUAAGACAGAAUUCUCGUCCAGGAAAACCCUUCAUGUAUGUCAAUGCUACAGACCUGGAUGACCCAACUACUCCCAAUGGUCAGCUUAUUUAUGAAAUUAUCAUCCAGCUUCCCAAGAUCAAUGAUGUCAUGUACUUUCAGAUCAACAACAAAACAGGGGCAAUUUCCCUUACCCUAGAAGGAUCUCGGGAAUUGGAUCCCAUUAAGAAUCCUUCCUACAGACUGGUGGUCUCAGUGAAGGACAUGGGAGGCCAGAAUGAUCAUUCCUUCAGUGACAGCACAUCUGUGAACAUUAUGGUGAAGGAGAAUAUUUGGAAAGCACCAGAGCCUGUGGAGAUUGUAGAAAACUCAACUGAUCCUCACCCCAUCAAAAUCACUCAGGUGCAGUGGAAUGAGCCAGGUGCACAAUACUCCUUAGUUGAAAAGGAGAAGCUGUCAACUUUACCAUUUUCAAUUGACCAGGAAGGAGGUAUUUAUGUGACUCAGCCCUUGGACCGUGAAGAAAAGGAUUCGUAUGUUUUUUAUGCCGUGGCAAAGGAUGAGAUGGGAAAACCGCUUGCCUUCCCAGUGGAAAUUCGUGUAAAAGUGAAAGACAUUAAUGAUAAUCCACCUACAUGUCCAUCUGCGGUGACCGUAUUUGAGGUCCAGGAGAAUGAAGAUAUAGGUAGCAAUAUUGGGACUUUUAUUGGCCAUGACAUGGAUGAAGAAAAUACUGCCAACAGUGUUUUAGUAUACAAAAUUGUGGAUCAAAUUCCCAAACUUCCCAAGGAAGGACUCUUCCUGGUCCAAACCUACUCGGGAGUGGUCCAGUUGGCUGGGCAGUCCUUGAAGAAGCAAGUCACUCCGCAGUACAAUUUGACAAUAGAGGUGUCUGACAAAGAUUUCAAAACCCUCUGUCACGUGGAGAUCAAUGUUAUUGAUAUCAAUGAUCAGAUCCCCAUCUUUGAAAAAUCAGAUUAUGGAAACCUGACUCUUGCUGAAGACACAGCCGUUGGGUCCACCAUCUUGACCAUCCGGGCCACAGACACUGAUGAGCCAUUUACUGGGAGUUCUAAAAUCCUGUAUCGUAUUAUACAGGGAGACAGUGAGGGGCGACUGGGGAUUGACACAGAUCCCCAUACCAACGCUGGAUAUGUCAUAAUUAAAAAGCCUCUUGAUUUUGAAACAGUAGCUGUUCACAACAUUGUGUUCCAAGCGGAGAAUCCUGAGCCUCUGGUGUCUGGUGUAAAUUAUAACACCAGCUCUUCUGCGAAGUUCAAGCUUAUUGUGACAGAUGUGAAUGAAGCACCCCAAUUUUCCCAGAGCAUAUACCAAGCAAAAGUCAGGGAAGAUGUGGCUGUAGGCACUAAAGUGGGCAACGUGACUGCCAAGGAUCCGGAAAAUCUGGACAUAAGUUAUUCUCUGAGAGACAACACAAGAGGCUGGCUUAAAAUUGACCCUGCCACUGGCGAGAUCUUUACCACGGCUCCUCUGGACAGGGAAGCUGAAAGUCUGUAUCGGGUGCAAGUGAUGGCGACCGAAGUAGGCGGCUCCUCCCAGAGCUCCAUAGCCAGUUUCCACCUGACCCUCUUGGAUGUCAACGACAACCCCCCUCGGCUAGCCAAGGAGUACACGGGCUUGUUUCUGUGCCAUCCCCUCCACCAAGAGGGGACUCUCAUUUUUGAGGUCACUGAUGAUGAUCAGCGGUCAUUUCCGAGUCCACACUUUUCAUAUUCCCUCGUCAGUGAAAGCUCACGAAAUGACUGGGAAGUUUCGAGAGUCAACGGAACUCAUGCCAAACUUUCUACCAAGCACACGAACUUUGAAGAGGGACUUUACAGUGUCCCAAUCCGCAUCAAUGAUGGUGGCCGGCCACCGCUGGAAGGGGUAGUCUCUUUGCCAGUUACUUUCUGCACAUGUGUGGAAGGACAUUGUUUUCAGCCAGCAGGUCACCAGCCUGGGAUGCCCACCGUGGGCAUGGCAGUUGGUAUACUCCUGACCACAUUUUUGGUUAUUGGUAUAAUUUUAGCAGUUGUGUUUAUCCGAAUAAAGAAGAAUGAAGGCAAAGAUACUGUCGAAAGUGCUCAGGCAUCCGAAGCCCAACCUCUGAGAAACUGA